ACGCAUUUUACGCACAGGAGAGACAGAGUGGGUCGGGUCUGUGUUUACUUCCGGACUCCGAUUUAGACUUCGCUCAGACAGCAGCAGCAGCUCCAGUGGUGGUUCAGGCUGUCAGCUAGCACGGUAGCCAUACAAGGCUUCAUGACAGAGGUUACCGGGUUGACCAGCGGCAUCCAAACACACGAGCCUCACUCGGCGCUACAGCACCCAGGACACCGCGACUCCCGGCGGGCAGACCCACACCGCUUGCCACCCCUGCUCUCCUCUCCUCCAGCUCGCCUCCGUGCUCAAAGUCACUUCAAUGCUGCACACAGCCGCUACCAGCUAACGGACUGAUCCGACCGUGCGUUACUGCCACUUCAUGAUCCGAGCUAGCUGAGGAUCAAAACAAGGACAAUCGCUCCAAGUUUUCAAGCGGCGUUUGUGUUUGAGCAGCGGCCGGGAGAAGAGACACGGGCCCCGGGGGGGGGAGAGCGACGGGACUCCGGGUUCCAGGCAGCCAGGGCAGCGAGGGUGGUGGCUGGAUAAACUAGGGGGGGGUCGCCUCCAGCUCCUGGUGGAUUUAUCCCCUGCCAGCUAACGUUAGCUAAGCUAGCCUCAGACAGCAGCGCCAUGGAUUGGUUGAUGGGGAAGUCGAAGACGAAGCCAAAUGGAAAGAAGCCUCCGGCAGAGGAGAAGAAGCAGUACUUGGAGCUAGAGUACACAAAAAUCCGCGUGGUGGACUUUGACCUCAAGGAGCUGGUGGUGCUGCCCAGAGAGAUAGACCUCAACGAAUGGCUAGCCAGCAACACAACGACAUUCUUCAAUCUUAUCAACCUGCAGUACAGCACCAUCUCAGAGUUCUGCACUGGGGACACCUGUCAAGCCAUGACGGCCUGCAACACAAUAUACUACUGGUAUGACGAGAGGGGGAAGAAGACGAAGUGCACUGCUCCGCAAUAUGUCGACUUUGUAAUGAGUCUUUGUCAGAAACUGGUCACAGAUGAGGAAAUCUUUCCUACAAAAUACGGCAAAGAGUUCCCAAACUCCUUUGAGUCCUUGGUAAAGAAGAUCUGCCGGUACCUGUUCCACGUGCUGGCUCACCUCUACUGGGCGCACUUUAAAGAGACGGUGGCUCUGGACCUGCAGGGCCACUUGAACACUCUGUAUGCACAUUUCAUCGUUUUCGUAAGGGAAUUCAACCUGGUCGAUCCCAAGGAGACCUGUAUCAUGGACGACCUGUCCGAAAUCCUCUGCAACCCCGCCCCGCCACCCGCGCCAGCCCCGGCUCCAUCCACCCCGGCCUCAGCACCCUCCCCCUCUUCACAAAACCACGUGACGGAGAGAUGAGCAGGGGCGUCGAUGAGACAGCAGCCCCGGGGGUGAUAGAAGAUAAGAUAGAGGAGAGAAGGAAAGACAGCCUGGCCCCCUUCCUCGGUGCCAGCAGGACUUAAGAGACCUUCCACUACCCUUAUAUUUCGCUACGACACCAACCAACCAGCCGGAAGGAAGGAAUGGGGGGAGGGUUUUCGGGGGGUUUGGGGUGGCGGGGAGGGGUUUGUCACGCCAGCAGGAAUUGGCGUGAGCGUUCCUCCCAUGGGGCAAAUCCCUCCCAUCUUCUCUGCAAUUUAAACUAGGAACAAAAAAGUAUGUGUAUGUUUUAUUUUUUGGUUUUAUUUCACUUUUAUUUUCGUUUUAUUCAGUUUUACUUUAUUUUUAUUUUAUUUUUUUUUGUUUUUUACGUGGCGGGGGUGGAGGGGUGCAGUGUGUCCAUUAGGCCCCUCACCUCCCUCCAUCCUCUACCUAACAUACAGUACAGGAAGGGGGCUCUGCUUUGCUUCAACCUACUAUUGUACAGUGUUGUUAAUGUGUGGAGAAAAGGCGUCUCUGCUCACUUGCGGGCUCGUCCUUCCCACCUCCUCCUGCAGCGGUCGGGAGGCGACUCGCAGGCGCACGGCCACUACGCUGGCCAGUAGGGAGCCACGUUACUGCCUGACGGGGCGAUACUAGCCAAUCACUGUUUGGGUUGUUUAUGUGGGGGAUGAUUAAAGCGCUUCCUACUCAGGACCUGAGAGAAUACGUCACUGCUGCCAGAGAGAAGUCACUCUCUCUUUUUUUUUUUUUUUUUUUUUCUUUCGUUCUCUGUCCCUUGUUCACCAGACUGCUCAGAUGUUGUUUAACUACAGUAAUAGUCACAGCAACCCUAACAAACAUGUUCCAGAGCCCACCUGUAGAGGGCAGCAAACAUGUAGAGAACGCCGGGGAAACAGGGAGACAGAGAAGAAAAUAUAAAGAUUGUAUGUUUAGAUAUUUAAUCUGAUCAGAGAGUCAAUACUUUGAGAUAAACCGGUGCCCUCAUGAGGCUGAAUCAGAUCUGUUUGCUGGUGUAAGCAGCUCCUUAAACAACCACCACCACCAACACCACUCACUACCCACUCCAGCAGCACAGAAGGACAAAGACAUGAGGUAAUGUCUGCAGGCCCAGAGUGGCAGAGAUGGAGACUGAAAGAAAGGGGUGGGAGUAGAUGGUGUGGAGCUGCUCUGCUGUUUAACAGUCACCAGUACUCCCAGUGCAAAACUAAAAAAAAAAAAAAAAAAUCUCCACUUCUAUUUUGUCUUUCGUUGUUGUUUUUACCUGUCCCUUUAAAAUUUGCUUUUUAAAAAGAUUAUCAGAGGAAAAUUAGUUCAGAAAUAAUAACAACAAUGGUAUCAUUACACAUGUAUAGAAAAUGCACAGUCUGCUUGGACUUUACUGUACAAAGAAUCGCAAGCGGGUUCUGUCAGACAUAGCCUCUGUAUGGAGGAGGAUUGGGUUUAUAAUUCUCCUUUUUUAUUUAUUUUAAUUCUUUUUUUCUUUUUUUUUCUUUUUUUUUUUUUGCAGGGUUCUUCAGUUCUGGCUCUCGUUUUUAUGUAUUUUAAUUAUUAACUAAGUUAAAAGCAAUUUAAUAUUUUAAGCUCUGCGGAUUAUAAUCUAAUAAAAGAGAGAAAUGCCG